AUGGCAUCGCGCUAUCUGCCUCCUCCGUUCAGAACGGGUAGCGACUCCGUUGUUGACUCCAAUCUUCGUCGUUGUUCCGUCGGUCUUCGUCAGCCGUCGUUGUGCUGCCACGCCCCCGCCUCAGAGGGCAAUGAGCAGGUUCUGAUCGCCGACUUUUCGCAGUCUGUUUCCGUCCCCCAACAGCUUGCGCGGCCCUUGGUAACACGGGCGACGACCGAGCCGGUAUAA